AUGCGAAAGCAUACUUCUCCCUAUAGAAAUUAAAAACCAGGAUCUUCUUUAAUAAGAGUACUUUAUAAACCAGAAUAAUAAUAAACAAGAAACAAUUCAAAUGAGAAAAAAAGAAAUAAUUUUUCGCCAAUUAGAUUUAUUUUAAAUUCUAGACAUAAUUCCUUUGAAUAUAAUACUACAAAAUAACCAUAAACUAAAUAAUCAAUUAUUUCCACUUUAAGCAGAAAACAUUUUCAACUUUAAUAUAUUAUUGGAAUUGGUGGUUUUGGAAGAGUUUGGAAAGUAAUUUACAAAUAAUAAUAUUAUGCAAUGAAAGAAAUGAGUAAAGCUUUAGUUAUCUAUAAACGAAGUGUGGCUUCAGUUAUUAAUGAAUUGAGAUUAUUAUAAAAUCUUAAUCAUUCAUUCAUUGUUAAUGCAGUUGCUGCCUUCUAAGAUAAAUAGAACAUAUAUUUAAUAUUGGAUUAUUUAUAAGGAGGAGAUUUAAGAUAUCAUUUAGGCAGAAAUAGAAGAUUUAAUGAAGAAUAAACAAGUAUAAUUUUACCAAUAUUAGAGUUCUUUAUUUGUUGUGUCAUUGUGGGUUUGGAAUAUUUACAUUCACAUCGUAUUAUUCACAGAGAUCUCAAACCUGAAAAUUUAGUUUUAGAUUCGAAAGGAUAUGUAAGGAUUACAGAUUUGGGAGUAGCUAAAUAAUUAGAUACUUUUUAAAUAGAUACAAGUGGAACUCCAGGUUAUAUGGCUCCAGAAGUAAUGUGCGGAUUAGAACAUGGUAUACCAGCUGAUUAUUAUUCUUUGGGUGUUAUAGCUUAUGAAUUAAUGUAUGGAAAAAGACCAUAUUAUGGAUAAAAUAGAAAAGAAAUUAGAGAUGCUAUUCUAUCUAAGUAGGUUUAAAUAAAACAGAAAUUAGAAGGUUGGUCUUUGGAUGCUAUUGAUUUUAUCAAUAAAUUGAUUUAAAGAAAGCCAUCUCAUAGAUUAACAGAUGUAAAAAAUCAUCCAUGGAUUAGAGAUUAUCCUUGGGAUAAACUAAAUAAUAAAGUUAUUCAAGCACCAUAUGUUCCAUUAAAUAAUGACAAUUUCGAUGUAACCCAAAUUCAAUAUGAAGAUCAAGAAAAUCAAUUAAUAAUCAACCAAACAGGUUUCUUGAUUUCAUAAAACUAAAAUGUAUUUGAUGAAUAUUAUUAUGAAAAAGAACAGAAAAGAAGAUCAUCAUUAAAUCGAUCAUUUCUUAUAAAAUGA